UUCAACAAGCGCUGUUUCAAAUUGGAUGCUGGCACACCUCAUACUUACAGCAGUUAUAAGAAGGAGAAUAUAUCAACUCCAUUUUACAGAUUAGGAAACUGAAGCUCUGAGCAAGUUGCAUACUUUCCCAAGAUCACAGAGUUCAAAUGUGCCAGUCUGGGCAUAGGAACCUAGGUAGUGUGGUUCUGAAGCCUAGCUCCAAAUGACGACACUAUAUUGAUUCCCUAGGGAUAAACCCUGUUGACUGCGUGGGGGCUGGCUGUAUAUACAGGCUGCUAUGGCCCUUCUCCCCCUUGGCUUCGCUGCACCUUGCCGCUCUACAGAGAAAGUCCGCCAACAGAUGUCUAAACCAACCAUCAUUGGGGAAGGGGGCGGGCCUAGUGGACCUAGGCCAAUUGGUAGAUAGAAGGUGGAUAGAAGGUGCUUAGGACAAAUGAGAGAGAUUUCUGAAAGUGAGGCUGGGAGGGGCGGGACUAUAACCGGCACCGCGGGCAGCUAGCACGUGCCUCUGGGCCUGUGCCUCUCCGGAACUGGAUGCCAAAGGGUGUGGGAGGGGCUCGCGCAUGCGUGCCUACGUGCGUGUGGAGGCCUUGUGUGAGGCCCGGAAGAGCGCCAGGCGGGCGCAUCGAGAGAGCUGGGGUCACCGGAAAAGAAGACAUUGUCCCCCACAGCCACGUGGAGUGGCAGGGCGGGGCGGGGUUCGUUGGGGAUAGGAGAAGGGCACCAUGGAUCCCGGGGAGCCAGCCCCCAAGCCUUUCCAGCAGCCUGAGAAGCCUGGUCGUGUCCGCCGUCGGAAGACCAGGCGGGAGCGUAACGAGGCCCUGGUGGGCAGUCGGCGGCCAUUGGCCUAUCAGCAUCCUCCUGUGGCCUGUCGGGAUCCGCAUAUGGUAUUGCAGAAUUCUGUGGCCCCUACUGCUGCCAAGCUCGUGGUCAUAACCCAGGGCCGCCUGAGCCGGGACCACCGGGGUCUCUUCAACCAUGAGGUGAAAUCUCUGGAUGUGGCCCGGCUGCUUAGCAGUGGGUCUCUGGAGUCAGGCACCCCUGCACUCACCACCAAGUCCUCCCCAAGCCCAGGCAGGGGCCAGAAACCAUCCCUGAAGUCAAGGGGCAAGGAAAACCAGGUGCCUGGAGGCUCGGGCCCAGGCCCCCCCAACCCCCCACCACUCCCUGACUUGGAGCAGCUGCUGGGGGAGCUGCAAUGCCAGCUGAUUCUGCCACAAGCCUUCCCUAGAAGGAACCUAGUUCAAGAGGCCAGGGAUGCUAUCGUGGGCACUUUACAGGCCUGCCAUGGCUGUGUGCCAGACCUUACUCUGGUGCUCCGGGGCUGCCAGCCACACUUGCCAGGGACCGAGCCUGGGGCCCCAAAGAAACAAAGAAUGACGCCUUCCUGCAUCAACAGUCCUGAGCAGGCCCCAGAGGAGGGGAGGCAGAGGAGACGGCAGGAGCUCACCUUUGCCGUGCCUCCUGCCUCCAGCACUCCUGCUGUGCACCGAGUGAGCUUGGCACCACCGAAAGGUCCCUGGCCACCCCCAUUAUCCUCGUUGCCUUCGCCAUCUGGGGCAGCCUGGGGCCCCCCAACAGCCUUUGAUCUACUGAAAAGCAUCUGGCUAGUAGCCACACCUCCCCCUCCCCGGCCUUGGGGGGUUGGCCCUCCACAACUCCUGCCCCAGCCACCGUCACCCUUGUUGCCCCGAAGCUCUGCCUUGGACUGGAGCCCCAGCCCCCCAGCCCCACUGCCCAGCCUCUCCUGGGUGGUGGCUCAGAGCAGCCCAGAGGCCUGGUCCUUUCCACCCAUGAGACUGUACUGAGCAGGCUGAGGCUAGGUUGGGGGCAGGAAUCUCCAACUCUGAUCACUUCAAUAAAGUGUCUUCUUCACA